UUAGAUUGCGCAAUAUUUAAAACAAUGUUUUAUUGUUCAAAAAAUUCUAAAAAAUUUUCACCAGAAAGCUCAGUCCUUAUAUUGCCAGCGAUUUCCGUUGGGAAUGUGGGACAACUUGCUUGUGAUGUCAUAAUAGCAACCUUACAACUCGAAAAAGUUGGAUAUUUUUGUCCAGAAUGUUUCCUGCCACUAGUGGGGGCUAGUGCAUUUGUGGGCGACGAGAAACUUGGAUUAUCAUCGGAAGUUUAUCACAGCAAUGAAGCCAACAUCACGGUUAUACAGUUCCGAUCCCCACUGGCUAAUGGCAAACAAUUGAAGUUUUGUGAAGAUUUUGUUAGUUGGGUGAAGCAGCAAAAGUUUUCUGAAGUUGUUUUGUUGUCGAGUUGUCAUUCAUUUGAGCGCAAGGACAAUGAAAUUAUCGGGUCUUCUAUACGAUACAUUGCCUCAUCCAAUCAUAAGCGACCCAUUGGGUGGGUGGAAAUGGAAAAAAGGGAAAACCAACUUUUUCUACCUGGGGCUGGUUUUACAAAGAAAAUGUUUGAUAAAUGCUGCAAUGAAAAGAUUUCAAUCCUAGUUCUUUUAACUUAUUGUUCUGAAGGCAAUAAUAUCCCAGAUGCUAUUAUGUUGUUGGACCAACUAAAUCAAUGGAAACCAUUAGCGACGACUUCAUGGAAGCAGCCAAUAUCAUGGAUUCACUUGUUUGGCAAUAAUGCACCAAAGGGAAUAUUUUAAACAAUCAUGUACCGUAAAUAAAAUGCUGCUACAUCUAUAUUUGCAACUAUAUUUGUGUGUUGUGUUUAUCAUGAAUCGCACAUGUUAAUAUGAAUUGUGUGCAUAUGUUUACUUGUCAUCUAAAACCAUAAAUUUUGCAACAUAUGUAUGAAUGC